UUCAAAUUAACGUAUAUAGUCGCUAGUUAACCGAGUUGAAGGAACCAUGCCAUUUCGUAAAACAUAUCAGAUUAACAAUCGGGAGCAGGGCAAGGCUGCUCAACGGGAUCAGUCAUAUAGAAGCUGUCUCAUUGCCCUGCUCAUUUUCUUCUUCAUGUGCCUUAUCCUUAUCCUUGCCUGCAAACCCUGGAAAGUGCAGAAACAAAGAGAAUACAGGGAGCCAUAUAUUAAACAUGACUCACAGCAUUAUCCUCAAGAACACCCAAACGAAACAACAAUUCUGACUGUUUCAUUAACAACAUCAACAACAACAACUCAAAAUACUCUGACAGAAGAGACAGUUUUAGCAAGAACUUGGAUUAUCCCAGUGAAUACAUCCAUUGCAGAAAAUAGACCAACAGAAGAAAUCAAUGUCAUUACUGAAGAUUAUUCGAAGAAGAAUGUUAAAGGAUCUCAUCAUUUUGAGCGUUACUUUGAAAAUUCGACGAGUAUUGAUGAAAUAACAUUGUCUCCUCCUGUAUCUCAAAAAAGUAUUGAAGAUUAUACUUCGAAUGAAAUCUUUGAAAAUGUAGAAACUACAGAAAAAAGCAUCGACUUGACUACAUUGCCACAUGAUAUUAUAACUGAUAAUAUCAUCAAUAAUGCAACUUCAAUAUCAUCAAGUGAACCAAUUGGCGUCACUACAAAAUAUACUUCAAUUGUUGAUAUUAUAAAUAAUAUUAUGUCAUCAACUACUAAGGAAUUUAUAAGUGAUUCUACUGACGGAUAUUACAAUUCGAAUAAAUCAGAAGUUGACAUUGUGACUAAUAACAUUAUAAUUUCAACAUUGCUGACACAGUUCAACGAUACCGAAGAGAAUGUUUCUGAGAAUUCUACUAAAAAAUAUGAGAGAUUAAGAGUUGGUAUUGAUAAUAUUACAUUUUCAACAACGCCGAGUCUUCUUGAAGAAAGUACAAGUGCUAAACAUUCUUCCAUUAAGAACAAUUAUUCUAAGAUUUUGCAAUCUGAAGUAACAACGAGUAAUAUUUUAACUCGAUCAGAUCCUCAAGAAAAUGAAGAUACUAGAAAUUCUACAACGAAAGAUUUAAAUUAUGAAGAAUCUGCAGUUACGAAGUACAAUGCGACGUUAAUUAAUGAGAAUGAAAUGACAGAGAACUCUCCUACAAUAAAUUAUACUUCACUUAUGGAUGAGAAGUUUUCCACAAAAGUUGAAAGUGAAGCUGAAGAUCUGAUGAAUGAAACGAUUACUAGUAUAAAAAGUUAUACCGAGAAAUUCAAUGUGACUUCUAAUGGAAUGGAGAAAUACAACGGAUCUCCCAUGUCCAAUUAUGUCAACACAUCCAGUACCGUUUUUUAUAAGCACACAACUAGGACAGCCAUCCCAGUAAGUUACAAUGAGACGGAUCUUAUCACCACAGGAUGGACUACGCUUUCUAAUGAAGACACGAGCAUUUGUGAGACAGGACACUGCAAGCAAAUUGCCAGCAGAAUUUUAUCCUACAUGAAUCAUUCAGCCGACCCUUGCGACGAUUUCUAUGAGUACGCUUGCGGUAGUUUUGAAGCAAAUCCGCAGCUGAUAGACGGAGAUCUAAUUCGGAGAUCUAGAAAUUACCAACGAAUCGCCAGUAAAUUUAUUAAUUUACUAAUGACAUAUAAUUAUUAUGUAGAUAGAUGUAAUUUUAUUACAGCAAAUGACGCGUUAAAAAAAAUAGGAAAGUUCUAUGUAUCUGAUACGUGGUCUGAUAAUUACGUCGUGAGUUUUACCAAUUUAUUCGCCCAAUUAAUGUUACAUCAUAGCGCUCUUUUAUUUGAUGUCGUGCCAGAAUUGGAUGAAUAUCGUCCAAACAAUUUCACAUUGAAAAUAGGUCCUAUGACGUAUGAAAGUCCUUUCAAAGCGGAGCACGUGGAAGAUCCCUGUUCCGAGGACAAGUUCGAGACGGAAGGGCAAUACGUGAAUCUCGAAAUUUUGUAUCAUAAUUAUGAAAAAUGCAAGAAUGAUACGAGCGAAUUAAUGAGAUCCAUUAGGACAACGCUAAAAGAGCUUAAUGUUUUUAAGGGCUUAAAUGACAGCGAUUUAGAAUGGAGUAUACAAUCUGAAAACAUAGAAAAAACUGUUCAUGUGAUUGAUUCUGUUGUAAUGCAAGAAUAUUUUUCGAACUUUCCGUCUAAGAGUGAAGUACGAGAGGCGUACUUGAUGAACGAUUACAGUAAAGUCAGUUUAGAGGAUUUACAGAGCAGUAGCACAUUUGUAAAUUGGGCGCAAUUAAUUCAUUUGUUAACAGGAGUACACGUGGAAAGUAAUGAGAUUAUUCAAGUGUAUUUCCAUGCCGCAUUAACUAAAGGUUUACGCAAAUUAGAAAAAUAUUCUAAAAAAAAUUCUAUGAGUCUUAACAAUGCGAUAAUGGCAUUAUACGCGAACAAGCUUUAUCACGAGUUGGUUUUGCCAAAGCAUGAUAAUGUAAAGGAUUAUUGUCUGCAUGUGGCUACCUAUCUUUUACGGUUGGAAGCGUCCAAUUUAUAUGUAUCAUCCUUUACUGAUUACGAAAUAACACAAAUGAAUGAAAUAAUAAAAAAGACAUUCAACAACUUAAAGCAAACUUUAUCAGACAAAAUGCAAGAAGCACAAUGGGCAAAAGAGGAAGGACGAAAAGAAUUGCUAAACAAGAUCAAUAGUUUGAAACUCGCAUUACCUGUUGUUUCCUAUUUCAAGAAUAGAAACUCGCUAUAUAAUGAAUAUAACGUAUCAGAGGUAAUUAUAAACGACAAUUACUUUAACAAUUCGAUAAUGCUAUUAAAAAGAUACAGAACUCUAAUGUACACCGAAUUAAGAAGAGAAGUUGGUGGUCCAAAGCAAAUUUGGACAUAUUAUGCUACGCCAUUCCAAUCGAAAGCCCAAGUGAUUUAUGCCCUAAAUCUCAUCGUGAUUCCUUACGGUAUUAUCGAUUGGUCUUUAAUGAGUAACUUAAUGAACGGCGAUGAAUUAUCCUAUUUUCUACUAGCAACCCUUGGGAAUUUAAUAGCUCAUCAGAUCGCCCAUCAUUUUGACACAAAUGGUAUACACUAUUGGAAUCAAAUCAGGAAUGCUCAAGAUUCCCUGAUGUUUGAAAACGAAUUUACAAAUACUCACUUCGAUGAUUAUAUCAACUGUCAAAAGGAGAAUCUGUAUCAAGAGCCUAUAAACAUGACGUUACCCUUCACUGAUCAAAUCGUGUCCUUUAGAAUUCCACGGUUGACCUUGAACGAGCGGUUGUCUGAAAUUAUAGGACUCAGACUAGCCUAUGAUACUUUGGCUCUUACAAUGUCGAAUACGAAGAGACUACCAUGGAUACAACUCCGCAUCGACCAAUUAUUCUACCUCGCCUACGCUCAGAUGUAUUGCACGAAGAUGUCACUCACAUCGUCGUAUGUCUCCUUGCACGAGAGCGAGAACCUGCCUAGCCGGAUCCGCGUGUUCGUCUCCGCAUCAAACGACAAGUUCCUUGCCAAGGCGUGGAAUUGCCCGCUCGGCUCGCAGAUUGCACCCAACGACGUUUGCAACGUGUUCCCAUACAUAGAGAUUAAAGAGACCUCGAUGAUUCCGGAAUGAGAAUCAUUCUCGGAAAAGAAUGG